AUGUCACAGUCUGGCUGGUGGGAUCGUGUGAGAACGGGUGGGAAGAAAGGAUUCGAUGCGACGUGGAAGCAGUUGGACAAGGUGGGAGCGCCAGUCAACAAGCUCACCAACAAGCUAGGUAGUGAAGCGUUCUGGCCGACAACGCUGGACAAGGAGAGCGACAAGGCUGCGCGGAUUCUGAAGUCAUUCUGCAAGGAUGGCUUCUACGCGGAAGAAGAGAGAAAGCCGCAGGACGGACCGACGAUGAAGCAGAAGGUCGUAAAGAAGAUACCUGCGAAUGUGAUCAAGAAUGCGAAGGGUCUCGCAAUCUUCACAACCAUGCGGACAGGUCUGUGGAUGUCUGGCGCAGGUGGAUCAGGUGUACUCAUUGGUCGGCUACCGGACGGCUCUUGGUCACCACCGUCUGGUAUUCUGUUACAUACGGCUGGACUAGGGUUCCUGGUUGGUGUGGACAUCUACGACUGUGUGGUCGUGAUAAACACGGACGCUGCACUGCAGGCGUUCACAAAGAUACGGUGUACACUCGGCAGCGAGAUCAGUGUAGCUGCUGGACCUGUUGGUGCAGGCGGUGUUGUGGACACAGAAAUCCACAAGCGGCAAGCACCCAUCCUGACAUACAUGAAGAGUCGUGGUUUCUACGCUGGGGUGCAAAUCGACGGGACAGUGAUCAUUGAACGUGGCGACGAGAAUGAGCGAUUCUAUGGGUACAAAUAUCCCGUUGGUGAUAUCCUGGCAGGCAAAGUUAGACAUCCACCCUAUGAGCUCCGACAUCUUUUCGAGACGCUCAAAGCAGCACAAGGAGACAAAACAUUCGAUGCGAGUGCCAUACCCGACGGCCCACCUCCUGGUGACUACACAGUGGAGGACGACGGACACAUGUUCGGCGUACCUGACAAAGAAGAUCCGGACCCAUACGGUGUGCUCGCACUCGAGAAAGAAGGCCUUGGUCUGAAGGAAGCUGGUACCCAGAAGCGAGCAAGCUGGGAGCAAUUCACCUUCAACCCUGCACCAACCAGUCCGAUACAUCAGCUCUACCGCAGCAGCAGUCAGGAUAUGUCCUCAAAAGGUAGCCGACAUAACAGCUGGCGCGCCAGCGCUUUCUCCAAUACUGAGCCGAAGACACCAAGUAGCCUACGCAACAGUAUCGAUCGGCAGCUGACAGGAAGAUCUCGCGGGUAUACCGAUACAUCUACACAAACGGAAGUUGAGCCUGAGACGCCGGCAAGUCCGUACAGGAGGAGCUUUGCCAGUAGGAGGACGAGCGAUGACAGCGUCGCUACCAGUCAUGUCAUGCCAAACGUGCCGGAAAAUGAUGUCCUAGAUACUUCACCCACGCGGAAGGACGCGACGAAUUCUCCAAGACAUGUCAAUGGCUACAAUACCCCUCCGCAUACGCCACCAGUCGACAAUGAGGUAUCCAACGGACACGAUGAGCUGGACGAUCAUGAUGUAGAUGACCGCGACGAUGAUGUGCAUAUCGAGGAGCCAGUCGUACACUCCGUACAGAGUGUGCAGACCGUGCAGCCUGCAUCACCCAUCAAACUCAUGUCCGCGAAGCUGGUCUCGGUACCGAAGCGCGGGCCACCGCCUAUUCUGCCUCCGCGUAAUGCACGUCGGGGUGGUCCUGUGGUGGUUGAUGCUUCGCCGAAGGUUGACCAGGCUGGCCGUUCCAUUCAGUCUGGCACAGAAAACGAUAAGGCGGAAGCGAUGUCGAAGGAUGAUGAGAUACCCGAUGUUCUUGAGGUCAAGGAUCGCAUGGACGAUGUCAAGCUUGAUGAUGACAAGGAAAAUGACAUUGCCAAUCCGUGGGCACAGGCGGACGAGGUACGGAAGCGCGCAAGUCAGGAUCACUCACCAAUGCCGGGUGGAUUUGAGUAG